CUGGUCGGGCUAAUCCCGGGGCUGCUGAGUGAGCGAGCAAGGGAUUCAGCUGCAGACAGGCAGGGUCUCCUGACCGUCGGUGCUUGCGACCCUCGUCUGCCAGUCGGUUUGUCUCAGGCCAUGGCGAAGCUGAUGGUGCUCACACUCGUGGGGCUAGGACUGGCUCUCUUCAGGGACCACCGGUCUUCUUACCAAGCACGAUUCAAUGCUUUCAAAGAAGUAACACCAGUGGAACUUCCUAACUGUAAUUUAGUUAAAGGAAUCGAAACUGGCUCUGAGGACCUGGAGAUCCUGCCUAAUGGACUGGCUUUCAUUAGUUCUGGAUUGAAAUAUCCCGGAAUAAAAAGCUUUGAACCUGAUAAGCCUGGAAAAAUACUUCUGAUGGACCUGAAUGAAGAAGAUCCAGCAGUGCUGGAACUGGGGAUCACUGGCAGUAAAUUCGAUUUAUCAUCAUUUAACCCUCAUGGGAUUAGCACAUUCACCGAUGAAGAUAAUGCUGUGUACCUACUGGUGGUGAACCAUCCAGAUUUCAAGUCCACAGUGGAGCUGUUUAAAUUUCAAGAAGAAGAAAAAUCACUUUUGCAUCUGAAAACCAUCAGACACAAACUUCUGCCUAGUGUGAAUGAUAUUGUCGCCGUGGGACCUGAACACUUUUAUGCCACAAAUGAUCACUAUUUUGUUGAUCCCUAUUUACGAUCCUGGGAGCUAUAUUUGGGCUUAGCGUGGUCAUAUGUUGUUUACUAUAGUCCAAAUGAGGUUCAAGUGGUGGCAGAAGGAUUUGAUUUUGCUAAUGGAAUCAACAUUUCACCUGAUGGCAAGUAUGUCUAUAUAGCUGAGUUGCUGGCUCAUAAGAUUCAUGUGCAUGAAAAGCACGCUAAUUGGACUUUAACUCCAUUGAAGUCCCUCAACUUCAACACACUCGUGGAUAACAUAUCUGUGGAUCCUGUGACAGGGGACCUUUGGGUUGGAUGCCAUCCCAAUGGCAUGAGAAUCUUCUUUUAUGACUCGGCGAAUCCUCCUGCUUCAGAGGUGCUUCAAAUCCAGAAUAUUUUAACAGACGAACCCAAAGUAACACUGGUCUAUGCAGAAAAUGGCACCGUGCUGCAAGGCAGUACGGUUGCCUCUGUGUACAAAGGCAAGCUGCUCAUUGGCACUGUGUUCCACAAAGCUCUCUACUGCAAGCUCUGACAGGCUGGCUUGUAUCCCUGCAUGGAAUCGAUGAACCCAUCAUUUCCAACAUUUGCCACAUUCCCAGGGGUAGCAAUGAUCUCAGCUGAACAAUGAACCUUUACCCUAAAUUUGGACAUCACAAGGCAUGAAAGUGAUAUCAUGUGUAAGGCUUUUGUGAGGAUAUGACAUCAAAUGUCUUGGAAUACUUGAAAACCUUGUCUACCAAUAAAAGUCCUUUUCAUUAAGACGG